AUGUUACCGUUGGGCAAAAAAAUUAUUCCACUUAAAAAACCGAUUAUUAUACGUGGACAACCAACCGAGACACGUGUCAAGAUACCAGUUGAAAAAUUACAGGGACACAAGCAACAAAAAUUAGCAAUGAUUGAUCAAACUUUAACACAACCACCUCCACCAACGUUUUACUCACCACCACCACCACCAACCACAGCAGCACCAAAAGUAUCUUCGGCAGUCACAGAUAGUUGUGGUGAAACCGAAACUACACGUUAUGCUGUAAUACAGAACGUACAACGAACUGAUCCGGGUACAGAAACCCAAAGAAUUCCGACUGCUAAUGUGGAGAGUUGUGCAAAAGCAUGUGACAAAGAUGAAUCAUUUACAUGUAUAUCUGCAACUGUUAAUACAUUUGGCUGUGAACUAUCGUCUUCUCCAGUUACGCAUGUACUUGCUGAAGAAUUUAAAUCGUCAUUUCAGACAUCAUAUAUAGAAAAAGUGUGUCUGCAAGCUUCGUUGGCGGCAACUACCAAACUAUUAUGGCCAGUAAUUCAAAAUCGAGUGCUGAUCGGCCACGUUCUUGAAGUUACAGAUGCCGAAACACUAGAUGAAUGUCUUUUGGCAUGUUUACGCGCCGAACAAGAUUUUAAUUUUAUUUGCCGAUCUGGAAUGUGGUAUCCAGCAGAUGAGGAACAGAACUGUCUGUUGAAUUCCGAGAGUCGCUAUACAGCUAGCGAGACAUUUGUAUCGGAGCAACCAAAUGUACAAAUGUUGUACUUUGAUGUACCUCGAGAUGAAAUGUUCCCUCAAAACAACUCGGCCAAAUGGUACAAAGACGAACCGUUGGGGGAAGAUGAUGACCUGAAGUACACAAGAUGGUCAAAAUGUUCACAGAAAUCCAACAAUAUGCGUACACGUUAUCUGAAAUGCGUGGAUCGGAAAGAUAUUCGGAAAUGUCCAAAAGAAACCAAACCCUGUGGCUUGCCAAUUAAAUCUCUAAAAUACGAAUGCCUCGCCGUCCGAGAUGCCCUAGGUAUAAAACGAUGUCCACACGGUUUACGACGAUCAGAAGACGGUUCCAAAGAGUAUUGCAGAAACCCAAUUGAUUGUUGA